UUGCGAGUCAGCUGGAAUAAUACUGGGCGGGUUGGUUCAAAGUGGCAACCCUACCUCGCUGAACACAAAGAAGAAAGUGGCACACAAAUUUCCUGGAAGCAGAAACCGAGGAGAAGGGCGCGAAGUCAGCAGCCGACGGAGGAAUGCCUGAAGAAGGGGAGAAAGAGGAGAUGGUGACGCCGGGAGAGGUUCUGGGUAAAGCAGCUGAUUUGAAGGCUGGGAAAGGAGCUUACGUCGCUCCUUACCGCAGCUCUGAAAUCCAGUACGUCUUCUCUUCUCUCACCGGUCUCCGUCAUACUCUUACUCCUCCUUCCGACUCUCCCGACCAGAGACCAACGGUGGAGGUGAUUGGACACAAAGCCCGUGGUGCUGUUCCGGAGGCUGGUUCUGUUGUCAUUGCUCGAGUAACGAAAGUAAUGGCUAAAACCGCUUCUGCAGAUAUCAUGUGUGUUGGGACGAAGUCUGUCCGGGAGAAAUUUACAGGUGUUAUAAGGCAACAAGAUGUACGAGCAACUGAGAUAGACAAAGUGGAUAUGCAUCUGGCAUUUCGCCCGGGUGAUAUUGUCAGAGCAGUUGUGCUUUCCUUGGGAGAUGCGCGUGCUUAUUAUCUUUCUACUGCAAAGAACGAGUUGGGAGUUGUCUCUGCUAACAGCACUGCAGGCGAAACCAUGGUUCCAAUUAGUUGGACGGAGAUGCAAUGCCCGUUGACAGGACAAAUAGAGCAAAGAAAGGUAGCUAAAGUUGGAAGUUGAUUCCCUUCCCCUCCAGGGAAGGAUGAAACAAAGUCCGUAAGUUGCUUUGAGUGUCCCCCUUGGUGAAAAUUUUCCUUCAGAGAAGUGCACGUCAAUCAAUUGUUGAGUAGUGAUUUACCAGGGUUUGGAUGGAGACGAAAGUUGAUGGGUUUUGUACUUUUGUUUGUAUUUCAUUUUGUAAUGCACCGUCUAGGAUCAAUACAAUUUGUAGGCUUGUGUUUCGGCUUACCAUCAUCAAUUUAGCGAGUUGAAGUGGCGAG